UUGAUCUAGCGUACGGACGUAAAAAUAUCCAUCAUGGUGUGUGUAAUUUUGCUACGACGUUGAAUGAGCAAGUGCGGUGUUGUGAAGGUUUCUCGCCGAUAUUAAUUUCUGUAUACAAAUUAAUCAAGUUUCCUCUAAAAUAAUCGUUAAAUAUUACAUUCAGUUCAUGAGACUUCCGUUAAAUCUACUUGAGUGUGAUUGGAUUGGAAUUUAUUGACUUGUUUUCGUCGUUAUAUACGUGGUCGUGCUAGUGCAUUUUGUUUAUUUAUAGACAGUCGCAAUUUGCAGUCAUGUAAUUAUUCCUGUGGCGCUAAAAUGUCUCAGAAGGAUACAGCGAUACAUCUAGUGGCCGGCGGUGUGGCAGGCACUGCAGGAGCUGUAGUGACAUGUCCAUUGGAGGUUGUGAAGACUAGGCUUCAGUCGUCGAAGGGCGUUGUCCCUCCAACACAGCCCCCACCAUCCGGAACAACCAGCACUAGAAAAGUUUGUUCAAAAAUCCCUAAACAUCAGGAGGCCAAAUGGGGCUACAGGCGCACAAUGGGUGCGAUGUUCGCCUACAGCAAGCAGGCAGACAGAAUGCUGAUGUCGUACAAUUGUCAGGUCCAGCAGUACGCGCGCGCAGGUCACGCCAGGUCCGCCGCUAGGAUGAGCCUUAUACAGUGCAUUAGGCACAUAGUACAGACUGAAGGCCCGAAGGCGCUGUUCAAAGGGCUAGGGCCGAACAUUGUGGGGGUGGCUCCGUCGAGGGCCAUCUACUUCUGCACGUACUCACAAGCGAAGGCUAUCCUGAACCAGAACAUACCCCCGGACACGCCAAUUGUUCAUUUGUCAGCGGCUAGUGCAGCAGGGUUCGUGUCGUGUACGAUGACCAAUCCGAUCUGGUUUGUGAAGACACGGCUCCAACUGGACGGUCAAAAUGUCACCGCUCUCCAGUGUAUUAAGAGGAUAUACGCCAAAACGGGCAUCAGAGGCUUCUACAAGGGUAUAACAGCAUCGUACAUGGGCAUAAGCGAGACAGUGGUCCACUUCGUGCUGUACGAGGGUGUGAAGGCGCGGCUGCUGGCGGCGCGAGGCGCGGGCGGCGCCGGCGACCAGCGCUCGCCGCGGGACUUCCUCGAGUUCAUGGCGGCCGGCGCCUUCUCCAAGACUGUGGCCUCGUGUAUUGCUUAUCCGCAUGAGGUAGCAAGGACACGCCUGCGAGAGGAAGGCAACAAGUACCGCAAAUUCUGGCAGACACUGCACACAGUCUGCAUGGAGGAGGGCUAUCGCGGGGUCUACAGGGGUCUGGGCACGCAGCUGGUCCGCCAGAUCCCGAACACCGCCAUCAUGAUGUCGACGUACGAGGCGGUGGUGUAUCUCCUCACGACCCAUUUCAACAGUUCCUUCUACGAGAAUACUUAGCUUGAUACUGCAUCGGUGUAGGACCCGUUCGAUCGCUUGCAGUAGAGGUUUCGAAAAACUCGACACGAUCGUCGAUUCAUUCCGAAAUCGAUAUCGGAACAUUGCACCUUGUAGUCGAUUCCCUUCGCUUGUUAACGUUGUGCCACGUAUAUGACUGAGAUUUACAAAUUACAGUUUUAUUAUAACCAAUAUUUCGGAAUAUUUCGCAGUAAACGUGGUAAUACUCGAAUUGUUUGUAUUUUAACAAAUAAGAGUUAUAAUGCAGUAGUAUUCCGUGUUAUGCGGUGGUGUAAUCAUGCCAGAAAUUUAAUAUGUUUUCUAAAUUUUGACACCACUGUAUUUGAUUCAAGUUUAUAAUCUCGUUGAAUGAAUAGCUAAUAAUUAAUACAUUUUGAAGCGUAAUUCAAAAUCGUCUGCUUAUGUGGUUGUAAUUUUAUUGAUGUUUAGUUGGCAGUGAGCCGGUUGUAUAGGCUGGUACUGCGUUUAGAUUAUAGAAAUUAUUUUGACAGUUCUAACUAGCGACAUUGUGUAUAUUGACCAUUUGUAGUCAUAGUUCUAGUCCCAUAUUGAAAAAGUUUACAAAAAAAAUUGACUGGUUAAAAUUACAUUUUCUUCUUUGCGAAUAAAUUCUAAUAAAUUGAAUUAUUGUUAAAGUACCAGCUUUAUUGUACAUUUUUUAAUGAAUACCUGAAGCUUUUAUAGAAAUAUAGCUCAAUCAAAUAUUAUAAUUGGAUAAAAUGGGAUAUAGAGGAAAGUACAAAAGUACAAAGUAAUGUUAUUACAGUACAGAGCAAACUCUCCCUCCGCUUUUCCGUUAUCGUUUUUCUUUAUACAUUUUGCUAUAUAAGUGCCUGCAUAUAGAAAUUAAGUGUUUUUUUUAACGUUGUGAAUGUAGUGUACUAUAAAUAUUACAUCAUUAGAUAUGUAUACGUGAUUUGAGCAUGCUAUGAAUGUGAUCACAGUAAAAUAACAAGCGGGUUGGCCUAGUUUUAUACCGGCUAUACACUAUCGACGAAUAGUUCUCUAAAUUUAAACAGAUUUGGCAUACAUUGCUAGUUUUGCGCUGUGGUAAGUAAAAGCUUUCAUACAAACUAUGCAAUGUUAAUUAAUUCGUGUCGACAUCUGUCUUUGUUCGGCGAUAGUGUGUAGCUGGUAUUAAGAACGAGAAAUUUUUCAAGUACUGUAUUACUUUCAGAGAUAAUGAUAUGCGUCGCUCGAGGCACUUGCACAACUGACCUUACUAGUUGAAAAGUUCAGUUUCUGCCAAAUAUUUGAAGAUUUGGUUGCUAAAAGAUAACAUAUCUGUCAUCUGCCUAAGUUUAUACCACUUUAUGUGGGGUCGGGUUCCUCUGAUAUGUUUGCAUUCAAAUCACGUAUAAAAUAGUCUCAAUGCCAUAUUGAACCUUAGUCAGUGGACGCAAAGUCGCUAUUUCUUUAAUUUCGUGUAGUACUUAAGGUUCCAUAGUCCCUAGCACAACAAUGUAAGUUUAAGCUGUGAUAUAGAAAUUGUAAAUAUUAGUCUGGAGGUAAAUUGCUUAAUGAAAAUAUGCACACUUUUGGAAUUUCUUUAUUGUCAAGCCACACAUCAUUUUGGGAAUUGUAUAUUGUUAUUUUUACUGCAUAUUGUUUAUAUUCAGUCAACUGAUUAAUGCUAAUUUUAGCAAAAAAAGAACUAUUGAAUUGGGAAUUGGAAUCAUUGAUUUAGUCAAGAAGCAUAUUAUGGGAAAGUAUAUAAGUAAUAAAAAUGUUAAAUAUUAUUAGGGUCAGACUUGGACUGAAUAUAAAAUAUUAAUUUUUGUUUAACAAAUAAAUGAUCAAAAUUAA